CUCGUCUCUUUCCUCUCUCUCUCUCUCUCUCUCUCUCUCUCUCUCUCGCUUCGCCGUCGCCCCCCAGCAAAAACCCUACCUCUCGCCUCGCCGCCGCCUCCACGCCGCCGCCCUCGCUCCUCUCGGCUAGCGGGGAUUCCAAGCGCGAUAUAUCUCGAGGUGCCGGGCGCAGAGGCGAUGGUGGCCAAGCUGCGGCGCGACGACAUGUCGGAGGAGGCGAACCCCAUCUGCGACUCCGUCGCGUUCGGCAUCGUUGGCCAGGUGCUCCAGUCCGUGCGGAUGGAGCCGCAUCUAGCUGACUCGCAUGCUCUGGAGCAAUAUCAUAGAAUUGUAGGCAUUCUAGACACCAGCAAGAGAAGGAAUCCUGAUAAGGAGAACCCUGACAAGAAGGCUCUGUAUGUGACGUGUUUGAAGGCAUUAGCAUCAGAAAUAUCCAAAAUAGACAUCAAUUACCAUCAUUCUCUUCUGAAAAAUAUAUUCACUGUCUCCAUCUGGUAUUUGCCAAAUGAUACCAUUCCUGAGUUCUUGGAGCUAAUAACCAGAUUGGCUGCAGUGGCAGAUGAUUAUCUCACAGAAUGCCUGCAUCUGCUAGUGAACAACUUCGUCCCACCUCUUGUUGAUCGCACAAAGAUGGUUAAAUGGGCAGUUUCAAGGAAGACGUAUAUUUUUUCUCAACUGUGCAUGUGUUUGAUAAGAAUCUCCAAUAUUAUACCCUUAGCACCAAAGGUCUUAAGGGGUAUAAUUGAUAAGUGUAUGCCGAACUUAUUCGAUAGCAAAGAUAAGACAAUUUCAUUUGUCGAGUGCAUGUUGGGGCUAGAUACUGGAAGGAUGGGGGAUCUUAUCAGAGCUGUUUUGCUGGAUAAAAUUGUUCAUCUUCUAACAGAAUUAGAUGUUAAUAUAACCUGGGAAGGUAUUCUUCAAGAGCAACAUAACAAAGGUAUAUUUGACAUGGAGCUUCAAGAUUUGGAUGGCAAUGAGGAGGAGGAUGGCCUUGGACACGGAGGAGUAAAGGUUUUAUUGGGAGCAAAUGCACAUGCUGAAAAGCUUGAUGAUUUAAUGGUUGUUAUAUUUGAGCACUUCAAGUCAUUAGAUGCUCAGUGCCUGCAUAAGGAAUUCACAAUUUUGAAGACUAUAUUUCGAGCAUCUGUGCUGACAGUGGACACACCAAAAUUUGUCCAGUUUAUCAUGUUCUAUAUCUGCGCACGGGAUCCUGAAAUAUGUGCUCUCGAAUUUGCUCUUUUUCUUACUGACAUUUUUAAGAAUAAGGAAGAGGAUCCAAUUUCAAGAAUGUCCGCAGUUUCAUAUAUUGGAAGUUAUUUGUCUCGGGCAAGGUUUAUUUCUGACGAUACAGUUGUUGCUAUCAUUGGGAAGUUAGUAGAUUGGUUGGUUGACUACUGUGACCAUGAGAGCACAAGAGAGUCCACAUGUGGUACAUGCAUAUUUCCUUGCUUUCGCUUGAGAUAUAUUAUGGAUUGUCCAAAUCUUAAAUCAGAUCUGUUCCGUAUGCCUUUUGGAACUCUGUUUCACCACCAAUUGGAACCUCUAAAGGUAUGCUUGCCUUCGAUAGUAAGUGAGUUCCUGAGACAGGCGAAGGGUGCCAAAUUGGUCGCUAAAUUUGUGGAUCCAGCAGCUAAAGAUACAGUUGAAUCUGAUUGCUCAAGGACUUCUGGAGGAAUCAAUAGAUUUGACAUGUUCUUCCCGUUUGAUCCCUACCUACUCAAAGAAUCUGACAGAUACAUCAGUUCACAUUUCGAGGUCUGGUCCAUGGUCAUGACAGAGAGCGACGACAGUGAUGAUGUCCUUGACACCCCUGAGAUGAACGCGGAUGGUGGCGGCAGCUUCAGCAUGCCCGCGAGGAUCAAGCCUUCGGCGAGCCCUCCCAUGUCAGGAGACCCACCAUAGAUAGAAGAAGAUAAACAAUCACUGUAGGUCCAUUAUUGUGCCGCCGCUGCCUCCGGCCGGCAAGCAAGACCCGAUCCCAACUUGCUAGUUCUGCUGCCAAGCGCAGUGCCCUUGCUGCUAGUUACUACCAAGCUAGUGGUAGAUGCUGCUAGUGCACCACUGCAAGCAAAUAGUUAAUUGAAGUGAGCUUGAA